AUAUAGAUGAUGUGUUUGCUGGUUGCUUACUUGUUCCCUGGAUAUUAGUAUGAACAUGUCCCUAGCCUCCCUACCCAAAUCUACACCCUAUUAUGUUUUAGGCUAUGUAGUUAGGUUAUUUUAAAACACUGUUGUGUGGCUCUUCUUUGGCUCAUAAUGCAAAACAGGUUUGACACCCCAGGUUUGGUUAUUUUGAGAAAUUGUAGACGUGACAGUGACAGAGUAAUGCUUUUAUUGGCUGAUCAUAUCAAACAGAAUCACCACCCCUGCAGAGAUCUCCUAAAGCAGAGGGCGUUUCUGAACAGUGCCCCAUAUUAUUCAUCUGUAGUGACAUUUGGGAAUGCAGGAGUGCUACAAAUGAGUGUAACCGCCUCUGUUUUUAUAUUGUUAUUUAAAAUGUUGUUAGUCCGGACCAGCUACACGUUGAUAUAAAUCUGCAUCACUUGUAAAUAUCGACAGAUCAACCAGAGUCAACAAAGCAGGUAUUUAAUUGGAGGACAAAACAGACAGAAAACAUAGAAGAUGAGGUUUAACACAGCUGUAUGUUUAUAUGUUGCUGGAGCCAUACUUCUUAAUAUAGCAGGCUCUCUCUGCCAAUCAGGUAUGUGUGGUCUAUUACCUAACAAAACCAGAAUUGUUGGAGGGGGAGAUGCGAAGGAAGGGUCUUGGCCAUGGCAAGUUAGCCUUCGAAAAAGCCAAGAUGGGGGCCAUAUCUGUGGUGGGACUCUAAUCAGUAGAAAUUGGGUUUUGACUGCAGCUCACUGCUUAGAUGACGUUGUCAUACAUGUUAUGGAGGUACAAUUGGGACGAUAUCUCUGGUCCAAUUAUGGUCCAAAUCCAAAUAUGCAAUCAGUAAAAGUGAAUAAAACUGUCACACAUCCUAACUAUAACAGAAAUACAAAAGAGAAUGACAUAGCUCUGCUCCAGCUCACCCCUGAAGUGGAGUUAAAUAAUUAUGUUCAUCAUGUCUGUCUGGCUUCUGCCAACAGCAAUUUAACUGCUGGUAGUAGAAGUUGGGUCACAGGAUGGGGAUUUUUAAAUUCUGAAACAAACCAAAUUCCCAAUGUACUGCAGGAGGUGCAGGUACAAUUGUUUAAUGAGAGUGAUUGCAGAAAUUUCUGUCCAGAAAACUUUACAAUUACAGACAACAUGACAUGUGCUGGAAAUCUGCAAGGGAAAGAUGCAUGUCAGGGUGAUUCUGGAGGGCCACUAGUAGGCAAGAACAAUGACUCACAGUGGAUUCAGAUUGGGAUUGUGAGUUUUGGUGAAGGUUGUGUUGGAUCCUGUCCUGUGUACACAAAAGUGUCUAAAUAUCAAGACUGGAUUAAACAACAUACCAACGAGUCUGAAUUUGUUGAAUUCAUUUCCGGUGAACCCAGCUUCAACAGAGACACAUUCAACCUCUUUUUACUUACUUUGUCUCUUACAUUUUCCAUUAUUCCUCUAAAUUAACCUUCUGUGGUCGCAAAGUGGCUCAAUGAGGAGGACUGUUGCAUCACAGCAAAAUGGUCUCUGGUUUGUGUAAAGUUUGCAUUUUCUCCCUGUGUCAGUGUGGAUUUACUCUGAACUUUGGUACGAAAGUGGAAUACCCAAAGACAUGCAGGCAGGGCUGGACUGGGACAAAAAAAAUCGGCCCUGGCAUACCACCCAUCUUUGUGCAACCUUGCUAUGUAUACCAACUCAAAGCCAUAUAAUGAUUAAGUAGAAAAGAAUAACACUGGCACGUGACUUUAUAUAAUGCAAGCACUGUAAAAUGCUUUGAAGGUUUUAAAAAAUCUGCUAAUUGUCUUGGCUAGUGUGAACAAUAUGUAAACUAACCAUUCUGACCACCUUGUGAUAACACUAAGACCUAAUAAAUGUUACAAUGUAGGCGCGUCUCGCAGCAGAGUCAAGUGUAAUUACAGUGUGUGCAGAAUAUUGAUAUUUUAUCCCUUUUUUGUGACCCUGCUGCCCUUAUUAGGAUUUCUUGUUGAAUGGGCACACGCAUGGCGUCUUUCUUAUGAACAUUAAAUAAUCAAAUUUUCAGUGUGUGUUAAACCUUUUUUGGCCCAUUUUAUCUGUAAAAGAAAUUGUGCCUAAUAAUUCGGCACACCUGAAUAUAAGGUCUUUCUUUUCUUCAGCCAUCAUUAACAAUAAUGGGCCAUCCUACAGAAACGUCCACUUUUGGUAUGGCAAGAUGUCUUAAAAUUGAUUUCUUUUUCUAACAUUUAAACUUAAACCACAUUAUUAGAUUACUCUUUGACUUUAUAAGUACACAUAAAUGACAGCUUAAUGAUUUUUACUUUUUUGUGUGCAUGUACUUUUUUUUUUACUUUUUUUGUCACUGGUGUUACCGUACUUCUGUAGUAAUAUUAAAGGUGUUUAUGCAAUAUUAUUUUAAAAAAUUCAGCUUUAAAGCUUAAUUCUUAAGUGUAGCAGAAUUCAAUGCAUUUAAAAUUAUCAUCAUGUCACAUGUGAAAGAUUUGAUUUAAAGGCGGAGUCCACGAUGUUUGAAAAACGCGUUGGAAAAGGAGACGGGCCGACUACCAAAACACACUUAUAGCCAAUCAAAUCAAAUCAAAUGCCGGGUUGCGUAGGUGUGGGGCGGGUCUAUCAACAGAAGGUCCAGAUUCUAUUGGGGUAGGGGCGUGUUUGUUUAGGUGAUUUCAAAUAUCAACAAUGCUUUCAAACAUCAUGGACUCCGCCUUUAAUGUAAAAGAAAAAAAAACUCAGUAACACCAGUGACACAACUAAAAGCUUCAUAUGAAAUCAUGAGAUAAAUGAGAAGAUUUCUGAUAACUGAAAAGAGACAGUGGACUUAUCAUGGGCUUCUCUUCAUAGAUCUCCAGGAAAGUGAAAGAAGGAAGUCAAGUGAUGUCAUCAGUGUGAUUUUUAUUUACAAAUAAGAGCUUUUUUUGUUAAACGGUAACACCAGUGACACAACUUCAGGGGACCACUACACUGUAAAAAGUCUUUCUGCAGGCUUGUAGAUUUGAUGAAAUUGAAUAUGUAAACUUUAUUUAAUAAAAUUAAUUUAAUGUAGUUUGGUAAUUUUUUUGUGUUAAAAUUCUUUAAAAAUGACUGGAAUAAAAACAACUUAUUGUUUUUAUGAAGGAUUUAGCUAUUCUUAUUGUGUAUCUGCGCAUGUAGCGAAUACUGAAUAAAUCCAACGUAAUACGAAUCAGCUGUUUUAAAUUAAAAACCAUUCCGGGUUGAUAUGCAGGUCGUGAGCGCUGAGCAGACGGAUUUAGGAAAUAUUUCUGUUAUUGUGCCAAAAUUCAAAGUUUUGAAAGCAUUUCAGUCGAGAAUGUAUGUUUUUUAAUCUGCAGUAGGUUCAUAAAGAUAUCGUCUAUUUAAAAAUUUCCUUCGAGUUUUUGGCGAUGGGAGCUCCAGAUAAUCAGCGGGCGCUCAGCGCGCAUAUAUACCGGACAACGACGCCUCACCUCGGCCAGUCUUGCGUCAAUGUAGUGUUUAAACUGUGGAUACAA